AUGUUGGCGUCUGAUGGUGUCAGAUCCCAGUCAUUGUUCCUGACUGUGUUAUUUCGGUCUCUUGUAGGUGUGACAGAUUGGGAGCAGGAGGGUGACAUGGCUCAAGAGGAGGCUCGAUCGUAUCCGCUCUGGUCAGAGGAGCGCUGUGAGGAGAUGUGGGAUCGCGUGGAAGGAGUGCGACACAAGCUCACGCGCAUCCUCAACCCGGCCAAACUGACCCCGUAUCUGCGGCAGUGCAAAGUCAUCGAUGAACAGGAUGAAGAUGAGGUGCUUAACUCUACACAGUACCCUCUGCGCAUCAGCAAGGCCGGCCGGUUGCUGGAUAUUCUACGUGGUCAGGGCCAGCGAGGUCUUCAAGCCUUCAUGGAAUCACUGGAGUUUUAUCACCCAGAGCAGUACACACAACUGACUGGAGAGCAGCCAACGCAGCGCUGCUCCCUUAUACUGGAUGAGGAAGGUCCGGAGGGUUUGACUCAGUUCCUGCUGCUGGAGGUGCGUAAACUGAGGGAACAGCUUCGUAACAGCCGUAUGUGCGAACGGCGUCUGUCUCAACGCUGCCGGAUGGCGGAGGAGGAACGCAGCCGUGCUGAACGUAAAGCUCAGGACUUACGUCAUGAAAGACUGCAGCUAGAGAGGCUGCGUCAAGACUGCGAGUCGGCCAGUCGAGAGCUGGGCAAGCUGAAAGACAGACACCUGGAGCAAGCUGUGAAGUACUCCAGAGCCCUGGAGGAGCAAGGCAAGGCCUCCACCCGUGAGAAAGAACUACUGAUGCAGGUAGAGGAGCUUAAGUCCAGGUUGACAGAGGCAGAGAAACAAACAAUCAACCCUUCAGGAAAUACUACGCCAGCCAAAAAAAACAGUUUGCUUUCCAAUGGAGGACAUGGUUCUCCGCCUGUUUUACCAGAAAAGCCGCUCCACCGUAUUGAGGUCCAGAAAGCUGAGACUACAGGAACUCAGACAAAGGAUUCAGUUCCUACCACUGGAGUCAUAGCCCUGAUGGAUAUCCUGCAGCAGGACCGCAGGGAGGCUGCAGAGCAGAGGCAGGAGCUCUGUGACAUCAUCACCAGAGUACAGAGCGAGCUACAAUGUGCCGAGGAGCACAGGGACAAGCUGGAGUCGCAGUGUGAGCAGCUACAGCUGAAGGUGAGGACUCUCCAGCUGGACUGGGAGACCGAGCAGAAGAGGAGCAUGUCCUAUUUCAACCAGAUGAUGGAGCUGGAAAAGGAGAGGGAUCAGGCUCUUCGUAGUCGGGACAGCCUGCAGUUGGAGUACACUGACUGUCUCCUGGACAAGAAUCGUCUGCGUAAACGCAUAGCAGAGCUGCAGGCCAACCUGGAGCAGCAGCAGAGGGAGCUGGAGAGAGAGAGAGAAAGAGUGAGGAGCCAGGAGAAAAUGGAUCAAAGCAGCUCUUGUCUGCACUGCUCCCACCUGUCUCUGUGCAGCGAGGACCAGUGCUACGGCCCCUGCUGUUCCCUUGGCCUGGACCUGAGCCCCCAGACCAAAAGUACAGACAAGCUGCUUAGAAAGACACCAUCUGGAGGCCAAGCCAACGACAACUCAGAGGAUUCUCGUUCCAACUCAGAGGAGAAUCUGCUGUCGUCAGUGAAAGACAAUGAAAAGGAAAUAAAUCGUCUCUCCAUAUUCCCCUUUCCUCCUUGUAUGAACUCCAUCAACCGACGUUUCAACACAGAGUUUGACAUGGACUCCUGGGGCAGUGAUGAGAAUGAUAACAUAACAGGUGAACAGAGUGAACCUUCCUUGUGGGAUUCCUGGAACUCCCUGCACUCUCAUCCCUUCCCCCCUGACCUGGUCAACCUUCCCGCAGUCUCUACACAUGACCCCAAUCCCAGCGUUCCAAGGAUACCCCCGAUCUCCCCGUCUCCAAGUCCCCCUAACUCACCAAAGCAUGGAAGAGUCAGUCUAGCUGAUGAUAUUACAAUAGUCGGGGGAAACCGAACGGGGAUCUUUAUCAGCCAUGUUAGAGCUGGUUCCACAGCGGAACAAUGUGGACUGAAGGAGGGCAGCGAGCUGCUGGAGCUGGAGCGCGUUCUGUUUGGUGGAGGAAGUGUCCUGCUGGGCCAGUGCACUGCUGAGGUUGCCCACUUUUCUUUGCAGUGGUGGACUGAGGUUUCAUCACUCAAACACCAGAGCAACCCAGAGGCAUACAACGAGCUGUGCUCCCAGAUUUCGUCACCUACUUUCAUGGGUGCUGACUCCUUCUAUGUGCGUGUCAAUCUCAGCAUUGAGCCUCUCGAUGACCCACCAUCUCUGGGUGUGUCAUGUGAUGAUAUCAUACAUGUCACAGACACAAGGUACAAUGGGAAAUACCACUGGCGCUGUUCGCUGGUGGACCCGCGCACAGCCAAACACCUGCAGGCGGGAACCAUGCCCAACUAUAACAGGGCGCAGCAGUUGUUACUUGUAAGGCUACGGAAAAUGGCCCUGGAGCAAAAGGACUUCAAGAAAAAGGUGUUCUCGAAGAAAACAUCAGGCAGUGUUCGAUUGGUCAAGGCAGUGGACCCCAGUUGCCGUGGGAUUGGUUCCACACAGCAAGUCCUUUACACACUCAGCAAACGUCACGAUGAGCACUUGAUCCCAUACAGUUUAGUGCAGCCGGUUAAGGUUCAGACGAAGCGGCCGGUCAUCUUCUCCCCCUCUCUUCUCUCCCGCGGUCUCAUAGAGAGACUGCUGCAACCCGCAGAGUCUGGGUUGAACUUCAACACCUGCCCACCAGAGCCUAUUCAGGCUUCAGAGAGACAAGACAAAAGAGUAUUCUUGUUGGAUUCUUGCAAUCCAGAGCAGGCUCUGGGCAUACGGCUGCAGUCAAUACAGGAUGUCAUCAGCCAGGACAAGCACUGUCUGCUAGAGCUGGGGCUGCACAGUGUUGAAGGCUUGUUGAGACAGGGGAUUUACCCCAUCGUCAUACACAUCCGCCCUAAGAGCAAAAAACACAAGAAGCUGAGGAAGUUUUUUCCACGGUGUGGGGACGACGGUGUGAUGGAAGAAAUGUGCCAGGCUGAGGAGUUGCAGCUUGAGACACUGCCCUUGCUCUACUACACCCUGGAGCCCAGCAGCUGGAGCUGCACUGAAGAGCUGCUGGCAGCCAUACGCAAUGCCAUCAUCAGCCAGCAGAGUGCAGUAGCAUGGGUUGAACUGGAUAGGCUGCAGUAG